AUGACUGAAAGAUCAACUGAGUCAACAUUUUCGCGAACAUCCAGGCUCUCAGAAGAUGAAAUCUUGCACUACAAUAAAAUUGCUAUGGAUUAUCUUAGAGAAGGAGACUAUGACUCUUCAAUGAACUAUUUAAAACAAGCUUUUUCAAGCAUAAAAUCUUUAAAAGACACCUUACCGAGACAAAAAUUAUUAGCAAUCACCUAUAAUAAUCUCGGCUGUUUCUUUAAAAGAACAGGAAACCACAGCGAAGCUUUAAAUUAUCUCUUCAAAGCAGUAGAAAUGGAAAAGAACUUGCCAAAUGAAUUUGCCAACAUUGCUGGAUCUCAUUUGAAUAUUUGUGCUAUUCUCUCCAAUGAAGGAGAGCAUGAGCGUGCUUUACGGCACGCUUUGAAAUCAUUGUACCUCUUAAAAAAUAACUAUAACUCACAGCCUGGAUUAAUUUCCACACUGAUUAUAGCAUAUCACAAUGUAGGAGCAGAGUAUGAGUAUUUAAUGCAAUUUCCUGAUGCAGCAGAUUGCUAUAGAAGAGGCUGAGAAUUAAGUAAAGACCAUCUUGGACUGAAAAACUCGCUAACAAUGACUCUGAAAAAGAGCUUUGUUGAGUUAACUGAAAAAAUGAAAAAUAAUGGCGACAUGAAAUCAGAGAGCCAAAGUGAAAAAAGAGCAGGAAAAGUCAAAAGAAGAGACCCAAGAAGCUCAGUGCCUCCACCUAAAGGUGAAAAAUUGCCUGUUGUGCAAAUUGGGAAUGCAUAUCAGAGAGCAAUAUCUCACGAAGGCAGUCGAACAUUCAAUAGCACAAGCCUUGAUGAGACUAGAGGUUGAAAAAACCUUAAAAUACAGCAAAAUCGACAUAGGAGUCACCAUGAGGAUGCCAUUAAUACAGGGCAUACAACAAGAUCUUCUACUUCAUCACAAAACAGCCCAAACUCCACAAUAAAUUCCCAGAGACGAAACAUAAAAAUUAUAACCCAAAAGCAAAACCUUACAGUUGACCUAAACACCAAAGUCUCAAUUUUUAAACCAAGAAAUUUAAGCGAAAGAGUCCAAAGAAGCGAAAGAUUAACGCCUGUGAUGUCGUCAAAAAAGAAGAAAAUUAAUUUAUUGAUGAUAAAAGCACAAGAAAGAACUGCUGCGAUUAUGAUUCAAAGCUGGUGGAGAGGAGUAAAGGCAAGGAAAAAAUACGCUCAGAUUAAAAUUGAUAAUAAACUUAAAGAAGCAGAAAUCAAAGCAAGAAAAGCUGUUGAAGAGUAUGAAAAACUUAAACGGCAAGCUAGUCAAUUCCAACGGUAUAGAGUGGAAAACUCAAAUAAGUCAAAAAAUGAUAGCAAGCAGGUAUCAUCAAGUAAAUAA